AUGGAGAAUUUCAGUAUACAGAAAAUUGCUGUUGGGAUGAAGCCGUAUAGUUUUGGAGUCCUUAUCGUCCUUGUGAUCUUCUGUGAACAUCAUGUCUUCGCAUUUCAAAGUGGCCAGGUCUUAUCUGCUCUUCCUAGGACUUCUUGGCAAGUUCAACUCCUCCAGAAUUUUACUACAAUCUAUGAGAUUGUUCUCUGGCAGCCAGUAACAGCUGAAUUUAUUGCAAAGAAUAAAGAAGUCCAUUUUUUUGUGAAUGCAUCUGAUGAAAGCGAUGUAAAAGCCCACUUAAAUGAGAGCAGAAUUCCAUUCAGGGUUUUGGUGGAAGAUGUGGAAAGUCUCAUCCAACAGCAGACUUUUAAUGACACACUCAGCCCCCGGGCCUCCUCCUCCUACUAUGAACAGUACCACUCACUAAAUGAAAUCUAUGCUUGGAUAGAAGUGAUAACUGAGCUGUAUCCUGAUAUGGUUAAAAAAAUCCAUAUUGGAUCUUCAUUCGAGAAGAACCCGCUUUAUGUGUUAAAGGUUUCUAGUAAAGAACAAAGAGCCAAAAAUGCCAUAUGGAUCGACUGUGGGAUGCAUGCCAGAGAAUGGAUCUCUCCUGCUUUCUGCUUAUGGUUCACAGGCUAUGUAACACAGUUCUAUGAAAAAGAAAGGUUAUAUACCAGUAUUCUGAGGCACGUGGAUUUCUAUGUUAUGCCAGUAGUUAAUGUGGAUGGUUAUGACUUCACAUGGAAAAAGGAUCGGAUGUGGAGAAAGAACCGUUCUUUUCAUGAAGACAAUAUUUGUACGGGCACAGACCUGAACAGAAAUUUCGCUUCCAAACACUGGUGUGAGGAAGGUGCAUCGAGUUACUCAUGCUCAGAAGUAUAUUGUGGGCCUUUCCCUGAAUCAGAACCAGAAGUGAAGGCAGUAGCUGAUUUCUUGAGAAAAAAUGUAAACCACAUUAAAGCUUACAUCUCUAUGCAUUCAUACUCCCAGAAAAUACUAUUCCCAUAUUCCUAUAGUAGAAGCAAAAGCAAAGACCAUGAGGAAUUGUCCCAGGUGGCCAGUGAUGCUGUCCAUGCUAUUCAAAGGACUAAUAGAAAUACCAGAUACACACAUGGCACUGGUUCAGAAGGUUUAUAUCUAGCCCCAGGAGGUUCUGAUGACUGGGUCUACGACUUGGGUAUCAAAUAUUCCUUUACAAUUGAACUUCGAGAUAAAGGCAAAUAUGGAUUUUUGCUGCCAGAGCGUUUCAUCAAACCCACUUCUUCAGAGGCUCUAGCCGCCGUGUCUAAAAUAGCUUGGCAUGUUAUCAAAAAUACUUAAAAUUCGCUUUUCCAC